AUGUCUCGUACAGAAUGCUCCGCGCUGACUGGGCGGCCGGAGGCAGAGAAAUUGCCUUCAAUGGAAAUUGACACCAUUAUUAUCGGGAACGGGCCGUCGGCCAUGAUCCUGUCUUACAUCCUCCAUGGUCACCUACCUUAUUAUUCCUCGAAUCCUCCCCAUCCUGACCCUCUUCUCCAUGCGAAAUUGAAGAACGCCCCGGAGCUGCUGGAUGCGGACGUAGAGGCGCUGACAGAACAUUUUGCUGCCUCUCGGCUCUCGUAUUCCACUCAAGCACUCCCUGUAAAUGUGCUGCUCGACACCCUGGUUCGUCCUAGUGUCGACGUGGAGGAGCUAGAAUGUACGACCAAUGUUGAAUGGCGAUAUGUUCCCGAGAAAGCGGUUCCACACCUGGUGUUUGGGAGCACAUCCCGGCCUGGGGGCCAAUGGAACGACAAUGCUAUGCCCACGAGCUGGGAUAUCCAGACAUUGAGCUAUGCAUCCAUGCUGUCCUUGCCGGGCUAUUCCUUUGCGGAACAUUACCGCAAAAUUAACGGCAAGGACCUUCCCGCAUUCACGCGCCCCAGCAGGCAGGAGACCACCGAUUAUUUUCGAGCGUACCCUGAGGCCGUGCAAAUUAAUGAUGCCUUCUUAUGCCACCAGAGCCUAGAAGGCGUCUCGAGAACGUCGGACGGGUUUUAUAUUCGUUCUCACGAUAUUUACUGUAGACACUUGGUUUUAGCCAGUGGCAUUUUCACUCAGGUUGUACAGCCUCGUCCAAUGUUACAGCCACUAAUGUCGCUGGAGCCGACCUCGGCAAUCCCAUUCCUUAUAAUUGGGUCGGGUUUCUCCGCUGCAGAUGUUAUUAUUUCAGCACCCAAAGAUCAAAAGAUCAUCCAUGUGUUCAAAUGGGACCCAGAGAAUAGGCCGUCUCCCUUACGUGGCUGUCACCAACAGGCUUAUCCUGAAUAUGCAGGCGUGUAUCGGAUUAUGAAACGUGCUGCUCUUUCCCGUAGCUCGGGUGCAGUGAAGCGUCCCGUCAAAACAAAAAGGAGAAUGUCCUGCUCUUUUCUCGAGGACCGGCCCUGGGAUCGACUUUAUGAAGGGCUCCCCAACACUGAAAUCAUUGCUGUGGACACUCAUAAAGACUCUGCAACUGUUACGUUUCGUCAGACUGAUGGCACGACAUUCACCCGUAUAGUACGCGGCAUGGUAUAUGCAACUGGCCGACGUGGCAGCCUCGGAUACUUGGAUCAUAAUCUACUCUCGGAGGUCCUCAGCCAUGAUGAAGGGGGCGAAAUAAUACCUAUUAUUUCGGGUCAGUCUCUGCGAGGCAAAGCAUUGCAGGAUAUGGAAGUCGCGAGAGAUGUAUUCAUCAUCGGUAGCUUGACUGGCGAUUCACUCAUCCGCUUUUCGUAUGGCAGUUGUACUCAAACGGCGGGGAAACUCAUUGCUUCCAAUACUGGGAAAGCUGAAGCCAGGAUUAAGACAGUCAGCACGCCUCGAUCGCAGGAGUUUUCCCCUAGAGUCAUGCAUGGCUUGGAUGGCCAUGAUAUCUAUCCCACGACUGACAAACACAUCUACUUGGAAAAGUGUACAACCCAUGAUACCGUCCCGCAGCUAUCUGAAGAUUCCAGCCUUUUCGAAAAACUCUGGAGGACUUUCGUAAGCAUUUGGAAAUGA